AUGGGUACUGGUUUAAAGGAUGUAGAAAUGGUGUCAAAGGUUAUGAGAAGUCUUUCUUCAAGAUUUGUGCAUGUUGUUACUUCAGUUGGAGUAAGAGAUAUUUCUAAAUUAUCUCUAGAUGAACUAAGCAGGUCUUUGCAAAUACAUGAAGCAAGAUUCAAUCAAUUUUUAGAUCGAUAUGAGGAUAAAGCUUUUGUGACAAGAGUUGAUAUAAGUGGUGGUAGAAAUUUUAUGAGAGGAAGAAAUUAUAGAGGCAAUGGAAAGAGCAAGGGAAAGGCAAUCAGAGACCAUUUCGCAGGUUUAGUAGAGGUCAACAAUAGUUUGGUAGACAAAGGUAUUCUAAAGCAGUUUAAUGAAAUAGACAGGCAUAAAGUUAAACUAGGAGAUGAUAAGGAGGUUGAAAUUAUGGGAAUCAGCUCAGUGACAGUGACUCUAGCUGAAGGGAAUGUAAAAUUGAUUCAUGGAGUGAAGUAUGUACCUACACUAGCACACAAUUUAUUGAGUGUGGGUCUGUUACUUGAUAGAGGUUAUGAUGUGGUAUUUUCUAUUGUUUAUUGA